AUGAACAAUGAAACCGGCACUUAUAUGAACCUCACACAAAUAUCGCAUUUUGUGCUUUCUUCGACGCAAUCUUCAGAUGUCGGCACCACUGAUCAUAUUGAAUCUGCAUGCUAUGUAACAAUCAAUUCAUUUAUUAAUAGCACCAAAGAGCCGCGUCUACCGUCAUUUUAUAAAACGGAAAUAUUCAAAUGGCUUCGAUUGGCUGCUUCAAUCGGUGCAACCAUAUUCAAUUUGGCAUUUUUAAUAGGAAAUUUAAUCAAUGGCAAAAAUAAGCAUGGCAUUUUAAAAGUCCGACUCUUAAUUUUAUUAUAUUUUUUGAUAUUAACUAUUUGGUCAAUUACAUCUUCAGCUAUUUAUUGCUUCGACGUUCUUAUUUUUUACUCUUCGGAUUUUGAGGAAAUGUGGAAUCAAACUCAGGAGGAUGAAGAUUUAUCAUCUGUUUGGAUGGCAUUCCUUGAUGGAUUCGUUCAGCCACUAAUCGAUUCGCAAGCUUUACUUAUUUUUGCGAUAUCCUUGGAUCGGUAUUUGAGCUUAUUCUCAGUAUAUUGGCCAUUCGUGGAGAGUCGCAAGAUCCUUGUAUCAUUAUUACUUAUUCCACUAAUUAUAUGCUUUGUGAUAUUCAAUCCAGCAUUAUUGAAACUAUGCCUUCCAUUUCCAAGUUUUCUCUACUGCAGACUCGCACUUUUUCUGCUUCCGUCCCUUCUAUCUUUUCUACUUUUAUCGGUCUGUCUAUUAUCGAAGAGGGAGAAAAUCAACUAUGACCCUGGUUUCAGUAUCUCUCUUUCCAAAAGUCUCGUACGAGUGCUAUUUGUUAUCGUGCUAGUCGACGUGAUUUCUCGAACAUUAUUCACAUUUCGAUUCAUUGAAGAUAAUCUGGAUUUCAUUGUAUUGACGGGCUCCGAGGCUGGCGAUGCUCUCAUCCAGAUAGUGUUUGACGUCGGAUUACAAGUUUCACUAUGGAUAUUUGUCUGUAGUCCUAUCUACACCCCAAUCAUAUUCUCAUCAUUCAUCAAGCACUUCCGCGACGCGGUCUUCUCCUGCUGUCAAAGAACUCCGACAAUCCGAACGAUUUAA